AUGCGACUAAUCUGCGCAGGAACUAUAAGUGUUCCAACUAUGAUGAACAUGAAUGAUAUAAAGAUUCACACUUCUCUAAUUAAUGGACGGCCUAGUGCUGAUGAUCCUUCACGUGCGUUACUGGAAUUCACCUCUGCUCGCUUUAUUCGCCUGAGAUUUCAGAGGAUACGAACACUAAAUGCUGAUUUAAUGAUGUUCGCACACAAAGAUCCCACUGAAAUUGAUCCCAUCGUUACAAGGAGGUAUUACUAUUCUAUAAAAGAUAUUUCAGUUGGUGGCAUGUGCAUAUGCUCAGGCCAUGCGAAGGCUUGUCCGCUUGAUCCAGUGACCAAUAAAUCUGUCUGUCAGUGUGAGCACAACACUUGUGGAGAGACAUGUGAUCGGUGUUGUCCUGGUUUCAAUCAAAAACCUUGGCAUGCUGGGACUUUCCUGGUUAAGCAUGAAUGUGAACCAUGCAACUGUCAUGGGAAGACUGAGGAAUGUUACUAUGAUCAGAAUGUGGCAGACAGAAAUCAGAGUUUGAAUAUUUUUGGAGAAUACAUCGGGGGUGGAGUGUGUGUUAAUUGUACAGGCCACACUGACGGCAUAAACUGUGAGACCUGUGUUGAUGGCUACUUCAGACCUAAAGGGGUAUUGCCAGAUAGCCCAUAUCCAUGCCACCCUUGUUCCUGUGAUCCAAAUGGGUCUUUACAUGAAACCUGUGUCAAAGAUGAAAAACAUGCAGAAGGAGACAUGUUGCCUGGCUUCUGCCACUGCAAGACUGGCUAUGCAGGAGAGCACUGCAGUAGAUGUGCACUGGGUUAUACAGGAUAUCCUGACUGCCUGCCCUGCAACUGCUCAGUGGAAGGCAGUGUGAAUAUUGACCCUUGUGUAGGUCUCUGCGUCUGUAAGGAACAUGUUGAAGGAGAAAACUGUGAUCAUUGCAAAUCAGGCUUCUUCAAUCUGCAGCAAAAUAAUCCCAAAGGCUGUGAGGAAUGUUUCUGCUCUGGGAAAACAAAUGUCUGCACAGGCUCUCACUUUACAUACAGAAAUAUAGAAGACAUGAAUGGUUGGUAUCUAGUUGGCUUAUCUGGUCUCAUCAGAGUUACUCCUAAGCAAAAGAGUACUGGUGGGCGUCAGCAGCUCAGUAUCAACAACGUGUCUGCACGUAAAGUACUGCCACAGACUUAUUAUUGGAGUGCACCCAGUUCUUAUUUGGGCAACAAAGUAAGUGCAGAUGGUACUUGCCUCAAUACUAAUUUGGUUUAUUGGGGAAAAAAAAGUAGGCUUUGAAUGGGGGUGGAACUG